AUGUUCAGGAGGUUCAAAGACUUAAUAGGUACCUCAGAGGAUCCAACCCCUCAAGUACCACAUUCACCAGGUCAUCCACCUCACCAACCACCACAACAACAACAACAACAACAACAACAACAACAACAACAACAACAACAACAACAACAACAACAACAACAACAACAACAACCACAACCACAACAACCACUUUCACCAAGAUCAGUAUCAUCCCCAAUUGGAUCGACAACAUCUUCAAAUUCUACAAGUUCAUUCUCAUCACCAGUUAGAAAAUAUAGUAGUGCAACGGAGGAAUCUAGCAGCAUCAACAGUAAUAAUAAUAAUAAUAAUAAUAAAAAUAAUAAUAAUAAUAAUAAUAGUAAUAUUAUUGAAUCAAAUAUAAAUGUUUGGACAAUAAUGAUAGGGAGUGAAGUUGAAGUUAUUAGAUCACAAGCAACAGCACAAAAAUUAAAAUUAUUAUGGCAAGAAUUUUUAUCAAGUAAAUCAGAUAAGGAUAAAGUUAUGAGAUUGAAUAAACUUUUACCCUAUUUCAUUGGUUUAUACGAAGAUAAGAAAAUUGAUACAAAGAGUCCAAUGGUAGAUAUCUUUGGAAAUAAUUCUAAAUCAUUUUCAUUUGCAAUUUCACGUAGAUUAGUUAAAGAUAUCAAUGAGAUAAUGAAACAAGCCAACUCACCUCAACAACCACCACAACCACCACAACUCAUUAAAGAGACGAUAGCCAAAGAGAUUUAUAAAUUCUUUUCAACCACAAGUGGACAAGUAUCAGGUUUCGAAUUACUAUAUUCCAUUGAGAUUCUAUCGGAAUCGAAUACAUCAUGCGCCGAAGCCAUGGCAGAGGCCUCCAUACCCUCGAUGUUGGUGCGUUGUUUACAGUACUUCUUUUUGGUACCCUAUACAACAAUGAUGGAGACAACUAAAGGGAUCAUUGAAGAGAAAUUGAUUCGUACACUUUGUUUCCUCUCUAAACAGAAAUCGGCCAUUGAGGAACUACAAAAAACAGAUACUCUCUCGACAUUGUUUGCUUUAAUGUCCAACGAAUGCCCGCCCUCUCAUAGACCAUUGCGUGCAAAGAUUGGCUCAUUCGGUUUAGAAUUGACCGAUUUGUAUCCACCUACCAUCACAUAUAUAAACUCGAAACGUGUCAUUGCAAACAUUAUAAAGGAUCUUACAAACUACUAUAUGUUUACACCAGAAUCCUAUGUAACACUUUGUAGAAUCAUCAUAAAGAUCUUGAGUGAAUCCUCAAAGAAAUCAACUAUUCUAUUGGAUGAAUUUCAACGUAAUGAUGGUUAUACAUUUUUAGUGGAUUCUUUAUUUCGUUUAGAAUCUUCAAAAGAUAAACCAGCUUUAUUCGAACAAUUAUUAGAUUCAAUUUGUUCUUUAGUUUAUAUUGGUUAUGGUAAUGUUAGUUUACCAGUUGAAAAUUCUUCAGUACCAUAUCAAACUUCAAUUAAUAAUAUAAAAGAAAUUUCAAAUCAAAAUUAUAUUUCAAAGAAUGGUAAUGCAUUUAAAGUUUUAGAAAGAUACUUUUUAAAAUCAAAUUAUGAAGAGAAUAGAGUUAAAAUUUUAGAUAGAAUUUUAUCAGUUUAUUCUUCAAAUACAGUAAAUUUCAUUUUACUUCAACAUACAAGUACAUUAACUAAAUUUAUUCAAGAAUAUGAAUCAUUAAGUAAUGGUUUAAAGUAUCAUGUUAUGAAAAUUGUUUGUUUUGUAGUUACAGUUUUAAAUUGUGUACCAUUUCAAGAAUUAAGUACAUUUAGUUUAUUAGUUGGAGAGAAUCCAUCUUUUUAUACAUUAGAAAUGAUAAAUCAAUUGAUAACUACAUUAGUUAAUUUUGAAUUUAGAUAUAAGCAUAUUUUUAGAGAGACUGGUUUAUUGGAUAUUUUAGUAAAAGUAAUUGAUGUUAUUGCUCAAGAUAUAAUAAGAUUAAAUAAUAGUAAAAAAAUAGAUGAUGAUGAUGAAAAUAAUAAUAAUAAUAAUAAUAAUAAUAAUAAUAAUAAUAAUAAUAAUAAUAAUAAUAAUGAUAAUGAUAAUAAUAAUAAUAACGAUAAUAAUAAUGAAGAAAAUGGUAGUGGUAGUAAUGGACCAAUUGUACCAUGUAUGACAGGCAAUGGUGAAAAAGAAGCCGAUUCUAAUGAUCAAGCCUUAAAUUCAAUUAUUAAAGUUGAAUCAUUUCAAAUUUUAUUAGAUAGUUUAUUCAUUUUAAUUUCUGAAAAUCCUGAUAAUAUUUCAUUAAUUAGAAGUUUUUCAAUAUUUAAUAUAUUAUUAAGAUUUUUACCAUAUUCAAGUGUUAGAGGUAAAUCAUUAAGAAUUUUACAACAAUUAAUAAAGUAUGACCCAGAACCAACACAAAAAGAGUUUGAUGGAUUAAUUAAAGUAUUGACAAGUGUAAACAAAGAGAAUUAUCCAAUGAAGAGUGAUAUAUUGAAUGCAACUAGAAAACUAUUUAAUAUAUCAAAGCAUGCAAGAGAUUCAUUUAGAGAACAUGGUGGAUUCGUAUCGAUUAUUAGUGUUUUCAUUAGUUUAGAGUCAUCAUUCUCUCCAAACCGAAAAGAUUCAAGAAAUUGGGAUAUGGAGAAAUUGGAAUUGAUUGAAUCGAUUUGUAGAUGUACAACGAGUGCACUUUGUGGUAAUGUCAUUAAUAGAGAGAAUUUCGAGCAACAAAUUGGUUACAAAACAUUUUCGUCUUGUUUGAUUAUGACUGGUGUAUUGGGUACAGAGUUUUCAAAAUCAGUUGUUGAUUUCAUAUUCGAUAUGGUUACAGAGAAUUUAAAUGCAUCCGAUCAAAUCUCAAAUCAAAUGAUCAUUAAUAAUGUCGAGUCUUUUAAUGUGAUACUUGACAUUAUACCACAUAUUGAGAAUAAAGAUUUCAGAUUACAAAUCAUAAGUAGAAUUAAUAAAAUGGCUGAAUACGGUAGAUAUAAUCAAGAGGCCCUAUCGAAAUUAUCAAUUCCAGAUUGGAUCUUGAGUAGAUUCCCUUCAAAUUUAUCAAAUGCUAAUGACCCAUUACAACCAUUGUUAUUGUCAUUAAUUCAAACUGUUGGUGCAAAUUGUUUAUCAGGUUCAGAGUUACGUCAAUUUGUAAAAUUAUUACAACCUGAACAUUCACCAGAAGUACUCUUAAAAAUUUUAUCAUCAAUGGCAAAAUCACCACCAACUCCACCCUAUUUCGAAUUUAAUUUAUCAAAAAUACCAUUUGGUUAUAUUCGUGUACCAAUAACUGAAAGAGCUUGGCCACCAACAAAUGGUUAUACAAUUAUGUUUUGGUUAUAUAUUGAUAAAUUUCCAACUGUAAAUAAUAAUAAUAAUAAUAAUAAUAGUAGUAAUAAUAGUAAUAAUAGUAAUAAUAGUAAUAAUAAUAAUAAUAAUAAUAAUAAUAAUGAUCAAAUUGAUUUAGUACAUAUUUAUUCAGAUGAUAAAAAAUCAUCACUUUAUAUUUAUUUAAAAAAUGGUAUUAUAACGGUUAAUAUAAUUAAUAGUUCAAAGUAUGUAAUUGAAAUACCAUCUUACAAGUUUGUUGAAGGUAAAUGGUAUCAUAUUGGUAUAGUUCAUGCAAGAAGAUUAUUAGGUGGUACAGAUUUUAAAUUGUUUGUUGAUGGUUUCUUAAAAUAUACAGCUACGAAAGCACAAUAUCCUGCUCAAAUCACUUCUGGUUCAAUGUUAAUUUGUGAUAUUGGUGUUUCAAAUCAAAAUAGAUUCCCAACCGAUUCAAUUUGGAGAAUUGGUACAUUUUAUUUAUUGGAGGAUUCUUUGGGUGCAAAACAUAUCAAUACUAUUUACUUUUUAGGUCCAAACUAUGCAAGUAAUUUCAAGGGUCGUUUCUCACCUUAUCAAACUUAUGAAAUUGUAAAUUCAGCAAAUUUAAUGGCAAUCAAAGAUUUAGAUUAUGGUGAUCAAUUGGGUCCUUUGAAUUUAGCAAAGGUUUCAAUGCAAAUCGAUGAGAAUAAGAUCCUCGUUGGUUUAUGUGCAUCAAAUAAAUUAAUUCGUACAAAUAAUAGUAGUAAAGUUGUAUACAAUGAAAUAUUCAAUGGUAUAAUUAAUGAGCUUUCACAAAAUCAUGGUGUUGCUUUAAAUGUUUUUUCAAGUCCAAAUGGUACAAGUCCAAAUUUAACAGGUUUACAAAAUAAUAAUAAUAAUAACAAUAAUAGUGGUGGUUCAAACUCAAAGAAAGAUUUAGAAGGUAGAGUUGAAAUUAUAAAUCAAGCGGAUUUAACUACAAAAUUAAGAGGUGUAUUAAUUGGAAGUGUUGAAGCAUUUAGAAGAAAUAAAGUUGCAGAUAGUAUUAAAAAGAUUGGUGGUAUGCCAAUUUCUUUGUUAUUAUUAGAGAAGGCAAAUUCUGAAGAGACUUUAUUCGAUUCAUUAGGUUUAUUAGUUGGUUUAAUUCAAUAUCAUCCAACCAAUACUCAUGAAAUGUCACAAAUUAAUGGUUAUGAACUUUUGGCUUGGGUCUUGAAAAAGAAAGCAUCACUUGGUCUUUUCAAUAGUAAUAUUUUAGAGUUAUUAUUUGAUUUAAUUGGUAUCAAUGGUAAUUGUUCAACAACAAUCACCUCUAGAGCACCACAAGAGGGUACGGUUGCCAAUUGGAAUGCUUGUAAGUAUAUUAUGAUGAAUUGGGAUAUUUGGAGAUUAACAACACCCGCAUUACAACGUCAUGUUAUUAAUGGUUACAAUAGUUUAAUCGUAAAUAAUAUUCAACGUCGUUUCAAUAUUGAUAGUCUUAGAAAGGUUAAUGUAAUUCAAGAGAUUUUCGAUAUACUUUCAUCUUCAACAAAUGAAGAGCCAUUACCUGAAUCGGUUGCUUCCUCGGUAAUCAAUGUACUUUAUAAUAUACUAUCCUAUGGUGGUUUAAUUGAAGAUGAUAUUAGACAAAUAUCUGCUUUCUUAAUUUCACAUCUUCAUAAAGAUAUACCAACCCCAUCAUCAUCAUCGUCAUCAUCCUCUACUUCAUCGACAUCCUCUAGAAGAAAAUCAAUUCAUCGUAGUAAAUUAGCAACUAUGGAAUUAUCAAAUACUGCAACCAUUCAAUUGGUUAAUCAUGUAUUUUAUACAUUCUUAAAGGUUGUUUCAAAUUGUCAAACUCAAGAGACUGCAGCAAUCUUUAGAAGAGUAUCAUCGUAUUGGUGUUUCUUUUUCAUUGAUGAAAAUUUACCACCAUUGACAGUUUCAUUGGCUUUACGUGUGACUUGUAUCUUCUUUUUAUAUAAAUACGACUAUUGUUCAACCUUUAUCAAAAAGAGUGGUUUCAAACUAUUGGAAAAGGUAUUACCAUCUUUAUCAGGUCAUCAAGAGAUCUAUCUAUGUUUAUUACAUUUACUUUUGGGUGGCGAUCCAAAAUUAUUGGUAGAUUUAGAUUUAUCAAGUAGUUCUGGUGGUGCUGGUGGUACAACCAUUGUAUUCCAUGAACUCUUAAGAAUUUUUACUCCUUUUGAAAAGAGUUUAUAUUGUAUCGAAGCUGCUCAAUUAAUACUUUCCCUAAUUAAAAGAUCUUAUGAAGAUAAUUAUCAAUAUUUAGAACAAAAACAACAAGAACUUCAAAAUGCAAAUCAAGGUUUAGACAAUGAUGAAUUAUUAUCUUCAUUAAUUUCAAAUGUAAAUAUAAAUAAUAGUAUUAAUAAUAAUGACAAUAGUAAUUCACCAUUAUCAACUUUUCAAACAAUUUCAAGAUCAGUUUCAUCUUCUUCAAUUUCAUCAAAUAUAUCAUCAUCAUCUUCAUCAUCAACAUUAGUUAAUAGUAGUAAUAGUAAUAAUAAUAAUAAUACACCAACUAGUGGAUUAGCUUCAACUAUAACUAAAUUUGGUAAUUUAUGGAAUAAAUUUGAAGAGAAAACUUUAGAAUUUGCAGUUACAACAGGUGCAAUCGAUGAAAAUAGUACAGGUGCAACUGAUGCUCAACAAGCAGCUUUAAAGAAAAAGAAUAGAAUGAGUAUUCAAUCAAGUCCAUUCCAAUCUAAAAAUUUAGGUACUGGUGGUGAUGAUAGUGUUACAAAUACACCAAAUGGUUCAAGUUUACAUAACAGAGUUACUGGUAUGGAUGAUGACUCAAAAUUGAAUGGUGCUUUGGGUGGUGGUGGUGGUGGUGGUGGUGGUGGUGUUAGUGUUGGUGAUAAUCAACCAAUUAAUUUUAAUUUAUAUGAUGAAAUGUUACCAGAAUUAAAGAUAUCACAAUUUGCAACACCAGAAGAAUCGUCAAAUUUACAAUAUACAAUGUUAACUUAUUUCAUUUAUCUCUUUCAUGAGAAUCAAUAUUUCCAACAAGAAUGUUAUAGUCAACCAAUGGUUGAAGAGUUAAUUUCAAUUCUAUUCCCAAAUGGUAAAAUUAAUUUACCACCACUUUAUAAUAGUACAGGUCAAACCAAUGGUAUCAAAGAUAGAGUAUUGGAUUUAGUAGUUAAAUUCCUUUGUCAAAUUAUGUUAUCAGCAAUGAGAAAAACUUCAAAGGCAAUUAGUAUCAUUGAGAUGGUAUUAGAGGGUGCACCAACAACAGCAACAGAUGAAGAGUUUAUUUUAUAUCAUUCAAGAAUUUUACUUGAUUUAAUGUAUGUCGUUGAAACCAAUAUCACCAAGACCGAGUUCUUUGAUAAUGAACGUGUUCAUUCCAAUCUCAUAAAGUUAUCUUCAAUGUUGGUCGAUAGAGUAAACUUGGAUCAAUUGGUAAAGAAUAAUAAAAUCAUCAUUGCAAAGAGAAUCUUUUUAUUCAUUGUAAAGAUUUUAGAGAAAUUGGAGGCCGAUAGAGUUGGUCUUCAAAAAACAGUUCAAUCUCUAUACAAGAGUUUAAAUCGUAUCAUUCUAUAUUUAAUCAAUCAUACCACUGAUACUGAUUUAUCUUUUGUUGCAAAUCAUAUUAUAAAUCAUCAAAGAAUUAUCUUUUCAGAGAAUAAUUUGGAUUCAGAUUUUAUGAAUGCUUUUUGUUAUCCAUUGUACAAGUUGGUAAUUAGCGAUCAGCAUGAACAUGUAGAUAAUUCAAUUAAACUUUGGAGGCUAUUACUAUCAUUGAAAACUUCAUCAUAUAUUGAGUCGCUUGCCACGGUACUACAAUUAAAAGUUUCAAGUGGUUCAAAUCAACGUCAAAGUGAAAUCAUUGAUUUGAAACCAGGCUUUGAAUUAUUACGUAAUACUUCGGGUAAUGGUGCUUUCAAUAAUGAUGAAUUUAAACUUUGGAUUAAUGAUAAUAUUCAAACCAUAACUCAAGUAUUUGAAGAGAAUCCAAAGAAACAACAUUUAUCCUUUAAAAAUAAUGAAAAGAAACAUUCUUCAGAACAUACAUUACCAUCUUUGAAAUCACGUAGAACUGAAAGACUCUCAAAGAAACAACGUCAAGAUCGUAAGGAUCAAUCUCAUCAAGAAGAGAAAUCUAAACAUAUCACCAAGAAAGCUCAAUAUUUCGUUCGUAGUGAAAGUGAUCGUCGUAAGAAAAUUAAACAAUUGGAAAGUGAUAAACAAAAAUUCAAUGCAAUUCAAUGGGAAAAUAUGAGAGCUCAAAUCACAAGAGAACGUGCUGUUUGGGGUCCUUCUGAACCUCAUCCUCUUGAUAAAUGGAAAUUGGAUUCAACUGAAGGUCCAUAUCGUAUGAGAAAGAAAAUGGAAAAGAACUAUAAUUUCUAUAAGAAUUAUCCUUAUGUUCCACCUUCUUUUGAUGAACAAAAUAACUCUUUAUUACCAAUUCCAUGUUCUGCAGAUUCUGAAACUUAUAUGAAUAUCGUUGGUACUGAAGAAGCUAAUCUAUUGGAAUCUUCAUAUUGGAAAUUUGAUUUAUUAUCAACUAAUCAAGUUAUUACUUCUUCAACUAAUACUUCUUCAAUUACAAAUAAUAAUAAUAAUAAUAAUAAUAAUAAUAAUAAUAAUAAUAAUAAUAAUAAUAAUACAAUUACAAAAUCAACUUCACAAAAUGCAAAUAAUAAUAAUAAUGCUAAUAAUAUGAAUCAAUCAACAUCAUCAUCAUCAUCUAAUACUACAACAACUACAACUCCACAACAAUCAUCAUCUCAAAUUAAAGUUAGUAGUCCAGAACUAUCAUCAAAUGAAAUAACACCACCAACUUCACCAGUACAAUCAUCAAGUGAAGAUGUAUUUAAAUCACCAAAAUUACAAUCAUCAACAGUCGAGGGUCAAUUAUCACGUAAUCCAUCAUCUUCUGAAUUGUUUAAUGAUAAUUCAUCUACAAUUUCUGAAGAAAAUUCUUCUUUAACUAGUGCUAGUACAACAUUAUCACCACCUCCACCAUCAACUCAAACAACAACAACAACAACAACUUCAACACCAACUACUCAAUCAUCAGUAGCAACAACAACAACAGGUAAUACAAAUGAAGUUGAUGAAGAAACAUCAACAAAUAAUCAAACAACAAGUGAAGAUGAAACUCAAGCAUUCAUUAGAUUAUUAGAUCCAUAUGAUCAAAGUUAUUUAAAGGAUGCAAUGAGAAAAGAUCCACGUUUAAAUGGUAUUAUGUACAAUUGUGGUAGUGUUGAUGGUAUGGAUAAGAUUGAAGGUAUUUUAAUUUUCUGUCCAGUUUAUAUGUAUAUUUUCGAUGGUUAUUAUAAGGAUGAAAACACUGGUGAUAUUAGUGAAGUUGAAGAAAAGAUAAACUCUGAAUGGCUACCAGAGGGCACUGUUUUACCAAUGAAAAAGAAGAUCAUUCAUUACUUUUUGAAAUGGGCUUAUGAAGAUAUCCGUGAUGUCUUAAAGAGAAGAUACCUUUUAAGACAAGUUGCAUUGGAAAUCUUUUCAACCGAUGGUAGAAACAAUCUUGUAGUCUAUCGUGAUGAACCAACCCGUGAUGAAGUUUAUCAUACCUUGGUCAAUAAUGUAUCCUCUCAUAAUACAAUUGGUGGUGAUGCACAAGGUAUUACUGGUGGUCAAACUGGUAAUGACGACAAUGAUGAUCAUCAUGGUGGUGGAGGAGGUCGUGGCGUUAGAGAUCGUUUCACUUCGAUUUGGAGAAAAUCACCAUUAACAUUGAAAUGGCAACAAGGCCAAAUCUCAAAUUUCCAAUAUCUAAUGCAUUUGAACACUUUGGCAGGUCGUUCCUAUAAUGAUUUAACACAGUAUCCAGUUUUUCCUUGGGUAUUGAGUGACUAUGAAAGUGAAGAAUUGGAUAUUGAUGAUCCAAAGGUUUAUCGUGAUCUCUCAAAACCAAUGGGUGCCUUAGAAGAGAGUAGAGCUCAAAAGUUUAGAGAACGUUUCGAGAAUUGGGAUGAUCAAGAACCAAAUGAACAUGGCCAUAAAGUACCAAAAUUCCAUUAUGGUACACAUUAUAGUUCAGCCGCUAUCGUACUUUAUUAUUUAAUUCGUUUAGAACCAUUCACUCAACAUUUCCUUAAACUUCAAGGUGGCAGAUGGGAUCAACCUGAUCGUUUGUUUAGUUCAAUCACUGAGGCUUGGGCAUCAUCAUCACAAGGAAGUACUGGUGUGGUAAUGGAGUUAAUUCCUGAAUUCUAUUAUUUGGAUGAAUUUUUGGUAAAUAAUAAUAAAUUCAAUUUCGGUACAAAACAAGGCGGUGAACCAAUCGAUGAUAUUAUCUUACCACCAUGGGCAAAAGGUUCGCCACAGGAAUUCAUUAAACUUCAUCGUAAAGCAUUGGAAUCCGAUUAUGUCUCUGAACAUCUUCAUGAAUGGAUCGAUUUAAUCUUUGGUUAUCGUCAACAAGGUAAAGCAGCCGAUGACUCUUUGAAUGUUUUCUAUUAUCUAACUUAUGAAGGUGCCGUAAAUAUUGAUGCAAUCUCUGAUCCCGUUGAAAAGGCUGCAACCAUUGCUCAAAUUAAUAACUUUGGUCAAACUCCAAAACAACUCUUUGAUAAACCACAUCCAAAACGUAAUGCCACCUUAAUGGGUUUACCAUUCUACGCAAAAGCGUUAACUGGUAAUUUCAUAAAGGAUAUCGGUGAACCAGUUGGUCAAAUUCGUUUAAUCAAUGAUCGUGCAACUUGUGUCGGUUUCAAUAAGGUACUCUUACCACCAAAUCACUCAAAAUAUAUGUUAUGGGGUUUACCUGAUGGCUCAAUUCGUUACAACACUGGUGAUAAGAUCAAAGUUUUAGAGGAUCAUCACGAUGGUCCAUUAACUUGUUUAACAGCCACUGAAGAUGGUCGUAUUUGUGUAAGUGGUGGUAGUGAUAGUUUAAUCUGUGUUUACAAUCUCAAGAGAUUCUCCUUGGCCAAGAGACUAUCAGGUCAUACUGGUUCAAUCACUUGUGUAUCCGCCUCUCGUCCUUAUUCUAUCAUCGUAAGUGGUUCUGAUGAUCGUACUUGUAUCAUUUGGGAUUUAAAUAGACUUUGUUAUGUCCGUAGUUUAGAUGCUCAUGAAGGUCCAAUCUCUUGUAUUGGUAUUCAUGAUACAACUGGUGAAAUUGUAGUUUGCUCUGGUACAACAAUAUCUGUUUAUACCGUCAAUGGUGAAUUACUUAUCAACUAUAAAACUUCACAAAUCGCUAAUGAUCAAAUCACUUGUUGUAUUUGGUCAAAAGGUCCUGAGUGGUUAGGUGAAAAUGUAUUAUUAACAGGUCACAGAGAUGGUAAAGUUAAAGUUUGGGGUUUAGAAACAAGAUUAUUACCUGAUAAUAAUAAUUCAAAUAAUAAUAAUAAUAAUAAUAACAAUAAUAAUAAUAAUGCAACUCAAAUUCCUUCAACAAAUAACAACAAAUUAAAAUUCAAAAAUGUAAUUAUUCUUAGAGCAACUUUUUCAAACUCUCAAUCACAUUCAACAGCUAUAACUUCAAUAUUUUUAACAAAUGAUCAACAAAAAUUCUAUACUGGUGAUAUUACUGGUAGAGUUUGCAUGUGGUCAGAUAAUGAAGCCUCGCAAGUAAAACAAAGAGGUUGGAUAAAUACUGAUAUCAGAGGUAUUCUACAAUCUGAAAAAAAAUAA